GGGAAGCCCACUAACAAAAACGGCCGGGCUAUGGACCUAUGUCUUUAGAAGUUAUGGAAUGAAAAGAGAGGUGAACAGACAGGCGGGUUUAUAAUCUGCUCAUGGGCUCAUCUACCCCCUCACUCUGUAUCGCUUUCUUCGUGGGAAGCAUCUACCAGGCAGAUUACGUAUACCAGAGAGAGACAUAUACCUAUUUAACAAGCUGCUCCCGAGCCAAUAAAUUUUCUAAAUUCUCUUGUUUGAUAUGGCGGCUACCUUGGUCCUUGGGCCAGGCUUUGAAAGGCAAAACAGGUCUUUACACUGUGACAAAGCAAGACUCUGUCUGGCUUGCGACGAACAAAUACCAGGAGAAGCAGGCACUUCCGAUUACAGAACGAACGAGACAUUCUACUUCGUUUCCAAAACCAAACACCCUUUAUUCGCCCAUUACUUGAUGAAGUCAUGGAUGCUUUGGACCCUUUCCAGAAUCGUACGAACAAAUUGCGGACCAGGAGCGACUGGCGGUUCUUGUUUGGAUUAUGC